GAUGGGAGGAACAGUAUUUUAAUAGAGUGUGGCCCAACUGGAAGGAUGGAAUGCAUAACGACAUGAAGGAAAUUAUUAAUGAUAUUGGUAAGUACAGACUUGAAACCUAUAAGUGUAGCCGGUAUUAUGCAGUUUCAGUCCGAUAGCGAAAAUGUUACCAUUAUUAUAAGUAAUAUGCUAUUACGAAAAAUAUGCGAAAAAUAUAUCUAGCAGUUGUUAUCGAUCAGAAGAAUUGAAGCUACAUUCUAAAUCCUUGUUUUCAGUUGGUGUUGCCUUUUUCUAUGUUUUUGGUAUUCCUGUAAGUUUUUUUUCUUCUUAGCUCUCGGCACGCUUUUGCCCAAAUCCUGUCGAGACAACAACAAAUUCGACAAAUGUCAAGGCGGUUAAUUUUACACAUAGAACCGUGCAAAGAAAAUUGCUUUGUUCCUUAGGUCUAUUACUUCUUGCUUUCUGAGAAAUUUUAAAAGCUCUAGAUCAGUCUAUAGUUUUGUUUAUUCUGUAUAUUUGGCUAAAAAGCAAUUGAAGGGCGAAAAAAUAAAGAAAGAGCAAGGCAGUGCCACAGAUUACAGUCCAUUAUUGCGUCAUAAUGCACGCGCAUUAGCCAAUCAAAUCGUCUGUUAUAUCAUACUCGUAUUAUAAAAGUCAACACCGGCAGUAUUUUGAAAUGUAUGUCAUUUCAGUAAACAGCAGACCGGGUUGGUUUGCAGGUUUUCCCUUAGCUGGAAGAUAUAAAUUCAUGUCAUACACGCUGUUUGCGGGGUUAAGAACACUAUUAGAGAUAGGGUUAGGAAUAUAACUAACAGCGACAAUCUACAAGAAAUGAAUUUAUAACUAGAACAUGACCUGUAUGAUAUUAUUAUUAUUUAUAAUGUAACCUAUGUAAAUUGUAUUUAGGUACAUAUUACGCGGACAUAACUAAAAUUGUCACUGACCAAUUGAAAACGUGGUUGAGCAAUGCAACCGAUAUUGAUGAAGAAAUCAAGGUGUGGGAAAGGUGGAUUAACAUCUGGAGUCAGUUACACUGGAAAGCUUCCUCCGAAGCAAUAUUCAUGCAAUUUAUGCAAAGGUUCUUGAAGAAGAUCGACAGGAUUUAGAUGUUGACACCCUUGCUAAACUGUUGCCCUGGUCCAACGAUGCAGUGCGAGGUUAUGCUGUAUUCACCUAUACUCCAUUCCUUGAUAAUUCGUUUGUGCAGUAUCUUCGUGAUCAGCUAGGGCACUGGUGGUCGGCUGACAUGCAUUGCUUGGUGGGUGGUAUGCACAGUUUAGCUGAUGGUUUCUUUUCUAAUGAGGUGUUGAAUACAGACGAUCUCGUAGAGCACGCGCAAGCUUUCAAGUUUUCUUAUUUGUCCGUACCUUCGCGCCCAAACGAUGACUUUGUCCAAGUCUCUUGCUACGCGAACAGUGAUCAAUCUUCACCAAACAAAACAUAUACAGCACGG